AUGAUUCUCAACCCUUCAAGACACAUUGGAGAAACUCUGAAGCAUAUUCCAACAGUAUUGAAAAAUAUUGCCCUUUCCAAAGUAAUCGUUGAGCAUGCCGGCGGCCCGCGACGAGAUGGCAGUUACGGUUCUGGACGCAGUGGAUAUGGUUAUAGAAGAAGUGGCCGAGAUAAAUAUGGCCCUCCUACCCGCACAGAAUACGGACUUAUUGGGGAGAAUUUGUCAAGUCGGUGCAGCUGGCAAGACCUAAAGGAUUAUAGGCGUCAGGCGGGAGAAGUGACCUAUGCAGAUGCUCACAAGGGACGCAAAAUUGAAGGGGUGAUUGAAUGUGUGUCUUACUCUGAUAUGAAAAGGGCUUUGGAAAAGUUAGAUGGAACUGAAGUCAAUGGCAGAAAAAUCAGAUUCGUUGAAGACAAGCCGGGUUCUAGACGACGCCGGUCCUACUCCAGGAGCCGGAGUCCCUCAAGGUCUCGCUCUCGAAGCAGACAUUCUCCUAAGAGCAGAUGCCGAAGCGGCAGCAGCAAAAGCAGUCAUUCCAAGAGUAGAUCCCUCUCCGGGUCAGGUUCCCGUUCCCGGAGCAAGAGCCGCAGCCGCAGCGCCGACAAGCGCCGCAGCAAGAGCAAAGACCAGGCCGAGGAGAAGGUCCAGAACAGCGACAGCACCGGCAAGUCCAAGAGCCGCAGCCCCAGCAGGCAGAAAAGCAAGAGCAAAAGUAGACGCCGCAGCCAGGAGAGGGGCGCGCAGGAGAAGCGGGGCAGCGUGAGCCGAAGCAGAAGCAAGGAGAAGAGCCUGCGCAAGAGCCGCAGCCGGAGCCGCAGCAAGAGCGAGAGGAGCAGAAAACGAGGCGGCAAGCGAGACAGCAUUGGCAAGAAAAAGAAGAAGGAAGACAACGACCGCUCCCAGCCCAGAUCGCGAUCCCGCUCAGGCUCGAAGAAGCGGGAACACGCCAAGUCCGAGUCUGGCCAGAGGGAAGGCCGAGCGGAGAGUAAGGAUGCUGGAGCCAAUCAGGAGACCCGGUCCAGGUCGAGGUCCAAUUCCAAAUCAAAACCAAACCUUCCCUCAGAAUCACGCUCCAGAUCAAAGUCUGCGUCAAAAACCCGAUCCCGGUCCAAGUCUAGAUCCAGGUCUGCGUCCAGAUCGCCCUCCCGGUUUAGAUCUAGGUCCCACUCAAGGUCCUAACUGGCUACGACCACAGCUGGAA